UGAUUCUCCCACUCUCAUUUUUCUCCCCUCUGAGUCAACUCGUUCUCUUUUGUUGUUCGGCGGGUUCCUCGAUUCUCUCUGUGGCUCCUUUUCUUUUUUAAUGGUCUCGUUCUCUGUCACCAACGAAGGACAAACGCCGAUUUGCUCAGAAAGUGAAACGCAGAUUACUGAAGGAGACUAGAUUGUGUUUAAAAAAAAGAAUUGAAUUUUGUUGCUUCUCGAUCUUUGUUCUCUGUCUUUGGCUGGUGUUUUAUGGUUGAUUCUGGUUUUGGAAGAACCUCAAUCUCUGCCAUGAAUGGAAACAAUGGAGGGCUAGUUCCGAUUGGGGAACGUAAGGCGACUGUAGUUUACAUGUCCGGUUACCUCCCUGGAGCAGCGCCGGAGAAAUCCCCAACUCUCUCUCCUGUUCCCGUGCGGUUUCCGGCGGCUGUUCACGGCGGCGAUUCCUGGAAAGACGUAUGUGGCGGAGGUUGUGGAUUCGCCAUGGCUAUUUCAGAGAAUGGGAAGCUUAUAACAUGGGGCUCUUCUGAUGAUGAAGGACAGAGCUAUGUUACUUCUGGAAAGCAUGGGGAAACUCCAGAGACGUUUCCUCUUCCCACGGAGGCUCCAGUCGUACAUGCUUCUGCAGGAUGGGCACACUGUGCGGUUGUAACAGAGGCUGGUGAAGCAUUUACUUGGGGUUGGAAAGAGUGCAUUCCAUCAAAGGAAUUUGGUGGGAAGCAGCAGAGUGGCUCGAGUGAGCAAGUGAAUCCAUUGUUGCAAGGUUCAGAUGCAUCAAGCGGUAUGGCAUUACAGAAUGAGAACCGGAAGGUUGGUGAGGAAUCAGUGAAGAGGAGACGGGUUUCAACCGCUAAAGAUGAAACGGAAGGUCUUACGUCUGGAGAGGACUUCUUUGCUACAACACCUUCGCUUGUAAGCGUUGGCCUUCGAGUGAGGAUCACCACCGUUGCUACUGGUGGUCGGCAUACUCUGGCAUUGUCAGAUGUGGGACAGGUUUGGGGUUGGGGAUAUGGAGGCGAAGGGCAGUUAGGAUUGGGUUCCCGGAUCAAAAUGGUGUCGUCUCCUCAUCUAAUACCUUGCUUUGAAUCACCUGGAUCUGGAGAGGAGAGAUAUUUCAUGUUACAUCAAGGGACAGCAACCACGUCUACUCAAGUCUCAAGAACUCCUGGUCAGUAUAUAAAGGCGAUUUCUUGUGGAGGGCGUCAUAGUGCGGCAAUUACAGUUGCAGAUGCUGGAGGGUUAAUAACUUUUGGCUGGGGUCUCUAUGGACAGUGUGGCCACGGGAACACAAAUGACCAGUUAAGGCCCAUGGCUGUGUCAGCAGUGCAGAGUGUUCGGAUGGAAAGUGUAGCAGCUGGAUUGUGGCAUACGAUUUGCAUCUCUAGUGAUGGUAAAGUGUUUGCCUUUGGCGGAAACCAGUUCGGGCAACUGGGAACUGGCACUGAUCAUGCGGAGACGAUACCGAGGUUGUUGGAUGGCCAGAACUUGGAGAACAAACAUGCAAGAGUAGUUAGCUGCGGAGCGCGACACAGUGCUGUUUUGGCAGAAGAUGGUCAGUUGCUAUGUUGGGGAUGGAACAAAUACGGACAGCUAGGUCUAGGGGACACAAUUGACCGGAACAUCCCUACUCGUGUUCAGCUCGAUGGCUGCAGCAGACUGAGGAAAGUGGCGUGUGGAUGGUGGCAUACGUUACUACUAGCUGACUCACCCACUUGAGUUUCCCGACCAAUCAAAUCACCAGAUCCUCAAAACACACAUUUUCGUGUUUUCACCUCGUAGAAGAGAUAUGCUUAUAGGUUUGACAAAGGCUGUACGUACAGGCUUUUUGCUGUAUGUGUUUUUCUUCUUCAGUCUCUCCCUUGUCUUCAUGGUUUUUUUUAGGGGCAGAGCUUUGACUUUGCAUUGUGUCACAUGGGGAAAUUGCGAAACAGAACAAUAAAACUGUUUGGUAUGAAAGAAUCGUAGGAUUUCUUUAGAUGAAUGUAUAAAUAAACAGUCUGGAUAUUUUUAGAUUUGUCAAGAACAAGAGUGGGAAGCAUUAUGCAUUUUGUAAUCUUUUGAAAAGAGCCAUAAACGCACCCUGUUAAUAGUAUGAUAUGAUCAAAUCUCUUCUUUCUUUGUGGAUAUAUAAUUGUAGUAGUAGCUCUGUAUUUGUUUCUUUGGAAACUCUUGUUUCGUAAACUCAUGAGAACAACGUCUUAGCUUAGCC